CACCCCUCCAAAUGUCGACCGCCCCACCCACAACGAUGGAGCCCCCUCCCACUCCCAGCGUCCCCGGCGACUUCACCGGCUACCAGCACAUUCUCGCGGGCUAUAGACACCAGGAUUUCCCAGACCUGUCCUCAAGACGCUUCGCUCCUGGCACCCUCCGAACAGUCUCUCAGGCUCUAACUCUGGGUGCCGGCCAGAGCGCCUCCAAGGCACUUGCUGUCGUCGUGGUCGCUGCCGGACGCGUGCUGGGUGCGUAUUGUGGCUGUACGGACGUCUUGCUCGCGAUCGCAGAUGGCGAAGAAGAUAAGUUGCGCCCGGUGCGUGUCACUUGGGACGAAAGCUCGACAUGGGGUGACGCCGUGGAAGGAAUAUCUCAAGCACUCGCAGACGCAAACUGGCCUCGCGUUUCUCCCAGUGCCCUUCACAGUGCCCUCGAUCUCGCUCAGAAGCAGCUGCCUUCCCUCGCUUUGCUCAGCGCCCAUCCCCUCCGCUUUCCUCGGCUUGGAGAGAGUGCCCCUCUAGUACUCACUGUGGAUCGCGACAAUGCGGUACUAUCCAUCACGGCUUCGGAACGCGCCAGCCACCCAUCGCAGUGCACACUCCUCGCCUCCCAGGUAGACGCGUUAGUGGCGCACGCGCAGGCUGAACCUCAGGCAACUAUGGCUCGCCUUCCGCAGCUCCCCGCGGCGCUCGUGUCAUCCUAUGAUACCCACUCCUUCGAGGAUCGCUGCCACAUGUAUGCACCCAUCCCCCCGGUGAAGUUCGCCGCGGACCAUCUUCUUCUGCGGGCUACCGAACGGCCGGACGGGAUCGCGGUCCGCUGGCACGCUGACCUAUCUACGGACGUUCCCAUCGACCGCUACGUAGCGGACACGAUCACUUACGUUGAACUGAAUCGUAAGGCGAAUCAGGUGGCUCACUGGUUGCGCGGAGCUGGCGUCAAGGGAGGUGAUUCUGUGGCUAUAUGCAUGAAACGGGACGUGGGGUUCCACGUCGCGUUUUUCGGUGUACUUAGAUCUGGCGCUUGCUAUGUGCCUAUCGACGCUGAGCUGCCGGUAGAGCGGCAACAAUAUAUUGCGAAGGAUUCCAAUGCUCGCUUCAUCUUGUCUUCUUCGGAUCUGUCUUGCUUCGCGUCUCUCGGCGACAUUGCUGUCGAUUUCACGGAUGCUUCGGUUCAGACUGCUUUCGACGCUCAGAGUGUUGACGCAGUCGAGGAGCCUCAGCUGGGCGAUCCCUCAUAUAUUCUGUACACUUCAGGGACUACGGGGGCUCCCAAAGGCUGUAUUCUGACGCAUCGUGGACUUAGCGAAGCAAUAUGGGCGCUGAGUGCCAUAUGCGCUUCUGUGGAAAUGGAAGACCCGAGCGACGGGAAUUAUCUAUCCAUCGCAUCGGUGGCUUUCGAUGUCCACCUCGCCGAGAUCUUUGUCCCUCUCGCCAUCGGCAUACCCAUCUUGACCGCUCCGCGUUCCUUGCUUCUGGAAGAUCUGCCGUACUACAUCACUCAUCUACGCGUAUCCCACGUCGGGAUCGUUCCUAGUUUGAUCGAGGCGACCAUGGGGGCUGUGCAAGAAGACGAGGCGUCUGGCCACUCGACUAACCUUCGCUAUAUUGCUAGUGGAGGCGAGAAGAUGAGUGACGCGAUCCUCGACAAAUGGGCUUCGCAUCCGAGGAUCAAGUUGGCCAAUUUCUACGGUCCGAGCGAGGUAACGAUAGGUUGCGCCGCCCGCCUCAUGGACAAAGACACCCCACGAGCCAACAUCGGCCACACGUUCAUAAACGUCGGCGGGUAUGUCGUCGACGAGAACAUGGAGAUCAUCCUUCGCGGCGGUACUGGCGAGCUCGUGGUCGAAGGGCCCCUGGUCGGACUUGGCUACGUCGGAAGACCGGACCUUACGGAAAAGGCCUUCUUGAAGUUCCCCAAAGACGGCACCGAGCGUUGGGCAUACCGUACCGGCGACCUCGUCCGCAUGAUGCCUGACGCUACGCUCGAGAUCAUAGGGCGGAUCGACACGCAGAUCAAGCUUCGUGGCGUCCGAAUCGAGUCCGAGGGUAUCUCGUCGAUCCUCCGCACUGCCGCUGCUCCGAAGAGGAGCCUCGACGUCAUGACGAUACUUGGGAAGCAUCCCGCCAUCGGUGCCGACCAGCUCAUCUCGUUCAUCGCAUGGGACGCUUCCGUCCCUGUCUCCGCCCGCAAGGGCGGCAAGCCGUCGCUCACUACGCCCCCGGAGGGUCUUCUACCGCAGCUCAGGAGCGCAUGCGACCGGGAGCUCGCCAGCUAUAUGCGUCCCAGUCAUAUCAUUCCGUUGAGCUUCAUUCCGCUGAGCUCGAACGGCAAGGCGGAUGCGAAGGUUCUCGCGGCGUUCUUCCUUAGUCUCGAUAUUGAGACACUGACACAGCUGAUGUCGGGCGGGCGCUCAUCGGGUGCGGCCAAGCAGGCUGAGAGACGGGAGCCGACCGAGGUUGAGCGUCAGAUAUUGGAGGUUUUGAGGCCAUUCGUCAAGCUGCCCCCCGACGUCCUUGGACCUCACACGAACAUCUUCGAAUGCGGCUUGGACUCCCUGGCGAUCGCACGGCUGGCGGCAAACCUCCGGCGGAGCUUCGAUGUUCAGCUAUCCCCUGCCCAGAUCAUGCAACAUCCUGCCGUCAGCCAGAUUGCAACGCUCCUGGAGCGCAGCCUGGCCACACCGGCGGUGCCUAACGGUGCCUCGCCGAUCGAUGAGUUCGCUCGCGGCCUUGCUGAGGAGGUGGGAGGCGUGUAUGCUCCGGACGCAAUAGAAUCCUUGCUCCCGCCUUUCCCUGUUCAAGAGGGUGUGUUGUAUCGCUCGGUGAACUCGCCGUCGAUGUACGUGCAACAUGUCGUCCUGCGCCUCGCUUCCGGGACGUCGACAUCCGGCCUGCGAGACGCGUGGACGGAGCUCGUGGCCGAGCAUGAGAUGUUACGCACCGUGUUUCACUUCGGCAGCAAUCUCGUCCAAGUCGUCCUUCGCGUCACAGCGGCGCAAGCGAAUGUCUCAGAGCAGGACGUGCACGCCAGCAGUGACGCCGACUUCCAGCAAUAUUUCACCAACGAGCGGGCGGCGUCCAUCGCACAGGAGCUCAACCUCGGCAUCUCGACUAUUCCACCAGUACGCUUGUCUAUCUUCACAGCGUCCGCAGAGAGCACGACCUAUGCAGUGCUGUCAAUUCACCACGCCCUCUAUGACGGCAUCUCACUCCCCGUACUGCUCCGAGACCUUGAGCACGCCUACUUGAAGACGCAGCAGCUUCCUUCCGCCCCGCUACACACAGUCCUUGAGCCGAUUGUCGCCAUCGACCAGACUGCAGCGCGCGACUUCUGGACUGGCUAUCUCGAGGACUUCCAGUGGCAAAGUCUGUUGAACAAGGAGGCGUCCGCUCAUCAAGCGGACGUUACGUCCGUCGCUCUCAGGCAUCCUCUAUCAGAGCUUCAGGCCAAGGCUGCGUCGAAGCAUGUGACCCUUCAGGCUCUAUUGAUGUCGGCGUAUGGGUACCUACUUGCGGAGCGGUUGUACAACCACGACGAUGUCGUGUUCGGGGUCAUCCGUGCAGGACGCUCUCUACCUGUGAGCGAUAUCGACACCACCAUCUGCCCGAUGAUUACCGUUCUUCCGGCUCGCGUGCGCUACAACGACGCUGCCUCGGUAGUCCAGUCUGUCCAGCACGACAUCGCACGCGUCGGCGAGUUCGAGCACAUCCCGCUCAGUCGUAUUCAGAAGUGGGUGUCGGAAAGCGGUGGUUCUCUCUUCGACACCUUGUUCUCGGUGUCGUUCAAGGAGAGUGAGGAGAGCAGUCUCUGGAGUGUAGUUGAGAGCCAGAACCCCGAACCCGAUUACAUUCUUGCGGUGGAAGUGGUCCUGGACUCCGCGCAUGAUCAGGCAGUCGCGCAUGCGGCUUAUACCUCCGCGGACAUCUCCCCCGCCCUAGUCCAUGAUAUCUUGAACCGCCUCGAGGAAACGGCCAUUCGCAUGGCGGACAGCGACGACUGGAGUCUCCCUGUCUCUAACGGGAAUGCUCCUCAGACUAGCUCACAUUCGCCUCUUUCCAACGGGGACAACGAGGACGACGGCCUUCUUUUGGAUGUGGUGGUUGACGAGGGCAUCCUCCAGCGGAUACUUGAGAUUGCGUCCCGGUUCCUGCGUAUCGACGCUAAGCUCAUCGCGGGGGACACGUCCCUCCUUUCCCUCGGUUUGGAUUCCAUCAAGUCUGUUGGACUGAGCCGUCAAUUCUCGAAGGAAGGUUUCGCCCUCACCUCCGUAGAUAUCUUGAAGCUUUCUACCCCGCGCCGCCUAGCGGCGCAUGUCCAGGCUAAGGUGUCAGCACCCCACGACGGAGAUCGUAUGGUUUCAUCGUUCAAGGAGGAGCGGGACAACCUUUCUCGCGAUAUAGAUAUGGCGGCGAUCAGGCUCUCAGCGGAUGACGAGAUCAACAUAUUCCCGACGACGACACUGCAGGCUGGUAUGCUGUCGCAGACUGUCAGCUCCAAUGGUCGUCUAUACGUGCAUCUCUUCCCGCUACGUCUCAGCAAGGACGUGGACGUCGCUCGUCUUCGUGAGGUCUGGCAGAAGGCAGUUGCAACAUUUGACAUCCUGCGCACGACCUUCCACUUCCUGUCUGGUCCUGGAGUAUGGGCGCAAGCCGUACACUCGACCUCCACCUUCCGUUGGUCUGAGGUCCCCGCUGAAGAGGGAGCGAACGUGGUGGCAACGCUCAACCCGUACUUGAAGGUCGCCGACGAAGGCAAAUUCUUCCAAGAACCACCCGUGUACUUCAAUCUCCUGAAGUCGACGACGCCCGACUCCACCGAUCACCUGGUGCUCGUCCUGCACCAUGCUCUGUACGACGGCCUCUCGAUCGCAAACCUCCUCCAUUGGGUCGAGCAGCUCUAUCUAGGAGUUGAAACCCCCUCUCCUGGACGCUAUCAUGAGCUCUUGCCGGCAUUACUGUGGCAGGAGAAGAGCGGAACUGAUUUCUGGGUCAAUCGUCUCCGCGGACUGAACGCCGCACCCAUUCCGAGGUUGUCUACAGUGGGAGAGUCAUCUACCGUCCACCAACUCUCCCUGCCCGUCAAGCUCGCCGACGGCGAGAUCAGCCAGGCUUGUCGCUCGACUGAAGUCACGGCGCAGUGCCUUGGACAGGCGGCGUUCGCGAAGCUGCUUGCCGUCAUGACCCGUUCGUCGGACGUCGUGUUCGGCCGCGUGAUCUCCGGUCGUGAUGUUCCCGGCGCAGAGGAUGUCAUUGGCCCUAUGCUCAAUACCGUGCCUUGCCGCGUCUCCUUCGGAAGUGUGUUGGACAACAAGUCUCUCCUCAAGGAGAUCCACAAGUCGAAUAUUGCCAGCAUGUCUUGGCAACAUGCUUCUCUGCGGUCAAUCCAACGGAAACUGGGCGUCAGCAAUCUCUGGGACAGCAUCUUUGUCUUCCAGCCGAAGCAGGAGUCUCUAGAAUCCGAAUCCAAUCGCUUGUGGGCCUUCGACGUGAGCGAGGCAGAAGAUAUCAGCGUCCACUAUCCUUUGAACAUUGAGCUCCAUGAGACCGAGGACGGGUUCAUGGUGCAAGCGGCAUGCACGUCAGAUGUCGCCGAUGCUAUCGGACUCACAAGUGUUGUCCAGCGCUACAUCGCUUUCCUCUGCGACAUUGUGCGCCUCCCCGACGAACCGUGGUCUUCGGGUCUCCCGGAGAUUCCAGCGCCGCAUGCCCCUGCACAAGCAACCUCUCAGCCGGUGAACGGCGAGGUUGAUCAGGAGUGGGACCCCCGGUUCGACGAGUUCCGAAACGUCUUGUUCGCCGUGACUAAAGUCCCUGCCUCGAAAAUCCUCACAUCUACGCCGCUCGCCACGCUCGGCAUCGACUCCAUCACGGCCGUGCAGCUUGUCGCGAAGGCUCGUCGCAUCGGGCUUCGUCUCACCGCCUCCGAUGUGGUACAAAGUCCCUCGGUCGGCGCAUUGCUGCAGAGACUCAAGGACGCAAAGGCCCCAGCCGCGAACGGUAUCAAGCCCGUAGCUGUCUCUGUCGACAUUCCCCGCGAACAAUGGCCCGCUCUGCUCGCAUCGCACGACCCUGCAACGGUCGAUCUUGUCGAGAGGAUCACCUACGCAUCCCCCGGUAUGGAGUGGAUGAUCGGCAUGUGGCAGCGCAGUGAGGGGUCGCGCUUCCAGCACGCCUUUGGAUAUCGCCUUCCUGCGGACCUCGACACUGCGAAGCUCCAGGCCGCGUGGAGCGAGCUCAUCCGCAGACACGCUGUCCUCCGCUCGACAUUUGUCUACGACUCGGCGGCUUCCGCCCCUCGAGUCGUGGUAUUCAAAGCCGACGCCUUGGAGCCCAGCUGGACCACGGGGACGUUGGACAACUCGGGCGACGACAAAGACGCAGUUGCGCGGCGCAUGAAGGAGCUCGUGUCCCAUCCUCCUUCCAUGGCACGUCCAAUCACGCGUGCGGUGCUGUUGCGCUCGUCAUCCUCGGCGUAUCUCCUCGUUCACCUUCAUCACUUCCAGUACGAUGCUUGGAGUCUGCAGCUGCUGGUCGACGAUCUCGCGCGUCUGUACUCGGGCCAGGUCCCGCGGAGCUCAACCGACCUGGAAGGCUUCCUCCGUUACAGUGUUGCGACUCCCAGCACAGAGAAGGAGCAGGAGAAGUACUGGAAGUCGGCGUUCGCGGCCGACGACGUUGCUCUGUUCCCCGCUUUGCCCGCUGCACCCGAUACUCAAGAACGGCAUGUCGCACCUCCGGAGAAUCGCGUGCGCGGACUUGCCGUCUCUCUGAAAAGCGCUCUACGCACCUGCUGGUCGCAGGUGCAGAGCAAGCACUCCGCGCCCGACGCCGCGACGUUGCCCACCACACCAGAUACUCCGGCACGGCACGUUUACACGGACAGUGCGGUCCUCGGCAACGCUGCAACGCUUGAGCAGCGCGCACGCGAGCUCGCAGUCUCCCUCCAGAGCGUGUUCCUCGCCUGUUGGGCACGGGUCCAGAGCAAGCACGCUGGGACCGACGCCGCGACGUUCUCGUUGUGGCAUUCCGGGCGGACGGGCGAGCUGCAAAGCGUAGAGCGUCUCGCUGCUCCGUGCAUCAACGUCCUGCCCUACCGUGUGUCCGACGUGGGAGCUGUGGACGGGCUGGCGUUGGCGCGUCGCAUCCAGUCGGACCUGCAGGCACGCUCCGCCAUCGUAGAGCAGAGCCGGCUGGCGAAGGUGCACGAGUGGGUCGGCGUCCCCGACAAGCCGCUCUCGAAUGUGUUCGUCAACAUCAUCAAGGUCGCACCGGAGGUCGAGAAGAGCGACGGGGCGCUCCUCCAACCGGUAGAGGUUCCGUAUUACAUACCCCAGGUUUCCUCGGAGGCAACUGCUGGAAUAGAUAGAAUGCGUAUCACUGACCUGGUCAAGGACGACGUCAUGAUAGACAUCGUUGUCCUUGAGAAGACGGACAAGGUUGCCAUGUCCAUCGAGUUUGCGGGAUCGGUUUUGGACUCGGAUACCGCCAAAUCGCUGCUGGAGGAGUGGGCAUCGUUGGUGGAGGCGUGUCUCCAGUGAACGCCAGUCGUUAGAAGAAGCUACAAUGUAUAUUAUUUGUGUGAAUAUCUGCUGUAAGAGCUGCAGCAAUUCCUAUUCCCUUCCCAUCCUCGCUACCUCCAGACAUUCCUUUUCCAAACCGUCGAGCCAAAUCACAUCCACGCCCGCGUCCUUGAGCUUCUGCGCUCCUUCGCACUUCACGAAGUCAUCGGGCUCUCCGACGCCGAUGAAGCAACGCUUCAUGCGCGCCGCGAUGACCGCGUCUGCGCAGGGCGCCAAGCCCGAGGUGCGCACGGAGCACGGCUCCAUGGUGGUGUAGAUGUCCGCGUUCUCGAGGAUAGCGUCGAUGUCAAGCGGCUCCGUGGCAUCGGGGAAGAGUGCGGCUAACUCAUCCUCGGAGAGCGAUCGCGCCUUGGCCAAAGCAUUUGCUUCGGCGU